AUGAAUCCUCAAGUCGCUCGACAUUAUCCUCCGCAGCAGUUGGGCGCGACGCCGGGAUAUGGAAACCCUUCGUUCGAAUCUUCCGCGCAGAGUGGAAGAGCAGAUCGACCCGCGCCCCUACCAUAUCGAACCUCGAGAAAUCUCAGCUCCUCAUCCACGCUUUCCCCUCUCCAUCGCGCAUACCCGGUCGAUAGCAAUGAAUACCAGAGACCUCUGGCUCUUGGUCGCAGUUUAUCAGAUCAAGACUUUGGUGGAGAGCACAUGCUGAGGCGGAAAACACCAAAUGGUACACUAGCCGCGGGGUAUGAUGGAACUCCUGUGCAGUGGUCUAGCAAGGCACCUGCUUUGAAGCACGUUGUACUUGAGGCCCCGGGAGGCUCAACAUUCUCAGAUGGGUUGAAUGGUAUGGCGAGUUCUGGAUGGACCUUCAAUUUGCCCAAUAAUUUCAAUAAUCUUGAUCAGCGAGUAAAUAAUUCUUCUUCGCAGAAUUGGACAUCGUUUUCCCCUCUUCAGAACACCUUUUACAAUUCCCAGGGUCCUGUAUCGCCUAUGCACCAAAUCCACUCUUACUUCUCUCCAACUGGAUUCUCCGUUCCAACUGCGCGACAGCCAGCUUACCAGCCUGGCCCUGGUCCCACUGCAUCAAAUGAUGGAGGCUUGUAUGGACCGUAUUGGCCGGACGGAAGUUAUACCCCCUAUCGACCAGCGGCCUACAGAGACCACACGUAUGGAGGAUAUAGCUUCCAGCAUGUAAGGCAUGGGUCGGAAUACUUUGGAGGGGCGCAGCCUUUCCUGCCAUCCGAGUUCAAUAAUGUCAACCCAGCACUUCACAGGGAUACAUCAUUCAUGCGGGUGGAUGAUCACUCACAACCAUAUGAUUCUAUGCAACAAAACUUGUAUCAAAUUGGUGGCAGCAGCAAUGUCAUCUUCUCCGAUCCUUCAGGUGCUCCCGUCCAAGCGCUGAGCAGGGCUGGAAAUGCCCAAUUCAAGGAAAAGACUCUUUCCUGGGCACAUACUAUUUAUGUAGAUCUCUUGGCUCAUCUACAUCAAACGAAGAGGGAGAAUCGACAAAAUCGGCAAUCUCACGGCUCCAAAUCCUACGCCAAAAGUGUCAUAUAUCCCAAACCACCGAGGCAGCCGAGCUCCAGUUUUUCUUCACCGGGGAACUCUCAAAAGGCAAUACCUUCGAGAAGUCAUCGUCCAAGUCUCAGCCAACGUACUUCCUAUGGUUUCACGGAUUCGUCAGAACGGAGAUACUCGCGGUCUAUGAAUCAAGUGAUGGGAGCCCCACAUUACGUGCCUCCUUUUCCAUCCUCACAGCAUAGCACAGCAUCUCCCCCUUCUAACGCUCAAGAAGCGCUGGAUCUCCUUACGAGUCUUUGCGAGGAAAGUCACUGGACCUGGGUGGAUGGUAUGUUACUGGGAGGUUGUCUUGCUUAUGGGUUAGAGGAUUACAAUAGAGCGCGAGACUGGUACGAGAAAAUCAUAGUUAUAGAUCCAAGACAUGUUGAAGCGAUUUCAAACCUGGCGGCUACCCUUCUGUGUUUACAGAGACGUGAUGAAGCAGAGGCAAAUUGGAGGAAAUCUGUUAAUCUUCGUCCUAAUUACUUUGAGGCCGUCGAGCAUCUCAUCGGUCUUCUUUGUGGUGAUCAUCGAGGCAAAGAAGCGGUUGCUAUCAUCGAGUUUGUGGAACGCUCUUUACGGAUUUCUAAAUCGGAUGACCACUAUGAUCAUUAUAGCGAGACUUCGAGUAGUACAGAUCGAGAAUAUCAUGAUUUCGUGAGCUCGGCAUCUGAUACAAUCGUCGACUACGACGACAGGGACGCUACUUCAACAUUUAGUGAUAGGCUUGAAGAUGGUUCUGAUAAAGUUGGAUUUGGUUCAAGUGGUUUUGCAAUACCUGGAUCUGAGAAUGGCCGAAUAUUAGCCCUCAUACAUGCCAAAGGCAAUAUGUUGUACGCUCUCGGCGAUGUUAGUGCGGCAUCUAAAGCUUUCGAGGAUGCAGUCGUCAUAAGUACAGGAAAAGGGGUAGGCGGAAUACAAGGACUUAUUCGCAGAAUCAUCCAUAGUUUAUCCGCGAACUGUUUUUUUGGAAUGCGCAACGGGCUCCCCUCUCUCCAUGCCUCGACAUCAAAUCAACCACCCCUACUUUUACCGCCCGAUAAAGCUUUGGAGACUAAAUCCUUGGUAUUUGCCGGUCAAGACGGUGAACUUCCUGGUCUUCGAUAUAUUCCUCCAGGUUUGGCUCAAAAAGCUGCCGUAUCUACUACCAGUAAUUCUCUGUUGUCUUUAGCCAAGAUCUUUCAAGACGCUAUGUCCAACAGUACAUCUCAUCGGAUUUCAAAGAUGCCUACCGGAGUUGGAGAUAUUCUCGCAUUGUACUAUCUAUCUUUGUCGUUGCAACCAAGUCCAUCAACAGCUAACAAUGUUGGUAUUCUUCUGGCAAGCGUACAACAACCGGCUGCUCAUCGACCAAUUCCGUCUCGAGAUCCCACGAGUUUCACCGCGAUACCUGGAGUCAUCCCUGGCAGCGGUGUUGCUCUAGCACUUGCUUAUUAUAACUAUGGACUACUGUUGGAUUCAAGGCAUGCACAUCUCUACACCAAUUUAGGAAGCUUACUCAAAGAUAUUGGCCAGCUCCCUGCUGCGAUCAAGAUGUAUGAGAAAGCAGUACACUGCGAUGGAACGUUUGACAUUGCUUUAGCGAAUUUAGCAAAUGCUGUCAAAGAUCAAGGGCGUACAAGUGAUGCAAUAGAGUACUAUAAAAGGGCUGUAAAAGCAAGUCCAGAUUUUGCAGAAGCAGUUUGCGGUCUCUCGAAUGCUUUGAAUUCGGUUUGUGAUUGGAAAGGACGAGGUGGGGUUAUUCUAGAUGGUGGUAAACGAGAUCGAUGGCAUGUAGAUGAUGAAGGAAUGAUAUCAGAAGCAAAUCCGAAUAAACAUGGAGGAGGACUAAUGAAACGAGUCGUUGAUAUUGUUACGAAACAACUAAGAGAAGGGUCAACAUGGGGUCGAGGAACUUUACAAGGUCAAGCAUUUUUCCACUUUCUUCGGCAACUCGAAGCUGCUGAUUGCGGUGGUGAGGGCAAGUGGCCAAAGGAGAAGAGAGAUAGUAUUCAGACUGCUCUUGGUGCCUGGGCUGGACAUCGCUGGGAAGGAGCACGAAUUGUACGCUUGGUUGAACGUGCCACAAAACGUGCGACUUAUCGAUGGUACCAGGACAGAUAUGUCAAGAAAAAAGAAUAUUCUGCUGCCUUUUAUCCUCGCCCUCAAUUCCCAAGUAGCCUUUCGAUACCAUCGGCACCUACCGUCUUACCUUUCCAUACUUUCACUUGCCCGCUAUCUGCAAAAGAUAUACGUCUGAUCUCUCAGCGGAACGCUCUUAGGAUAUCCUGUUCUACGCUGCGAUCUCCUUGGAUGCAGGGAUCCGUAUUCCCACCUCCUUCUCCUCCAAAGCCUCAUCUUAAUAUUGGAUAUGUUUCUUCUGAUUUCAAUAAUCAUCCAUUGGCACAUUUGAUGCAAUCUGUUUUUGGCUUCCACAAUCCCUCGCGAGCAAAAGCAUUUUGCUAUGCUACAACCGCAAGCGACAACUCCAUUCAUAGACAACAAAUUGAACGCGAGGCUCCAGUCUUUCGUGAUGUUAGUUCGUGGUCCGCUGAUCGUUUAGUGAACCAAAUUGUUCAGGAUGGUAUUCAUAUUCUAGUGAAUCUCAAUGGAUAUACUCGAGGUGCUCGUAAUGAAGUAUUUGCUGCUCGUCCAGCUCCUAUUCAAAUGUCUUUUAUGGGCUUUGCUGGAACUCUAGGAGCUGAGUGGUGUGAUUAUCUUUUGGCUGACGAAACCGCUAUCCCACCCGACACAUUACGACCUUGGAGACGAAAUCUUGACCUAGAGGAUCAAAUUGAGGAUGAACAAUCUAUUGAUGAGGAUCAUUGGGUAUAUUCUGAGAACAUUAUAUUUUGUAGGGAUACAUUUUUUUGUUGCGACCAUGCUCAAUCGGAACCACGGGAUCAACAAGCAUCAUGGAAAGAGGAACAAACUACUAGAUGGAAGAUGAGAAAGCAAUUAUUUCCGAGUUUAUCUGAUGAUGCUAUCAUUCUUGGAAAUUUCAAUCAACUUUACAAGAUUGAACCGACUACUUUCCGUACUUGGUUGAGGAUUUUGGAUAAAGUUCCAAGAGCUAUUCUUUGGUUGUUGCGCUUUCCUGAUUUAGGAGAAAGUAAUUUAAAGGCUACAGCACGAGAUUGGGCAGGGGAAAGUGUUGCAUCACGAAUUUGGUUCACCGAUGUCGCACCCAAACAUCAACACAUCUCCCGAGCACGAGUUUGUGAUCUCUUUUUGGACACUCCCGAAUGUAACGCCCAUACAACAGCUGCAGAUGUUCUUUGGUCUAGUACACCUCUCCUUACAUUACCACGGUACAAAUACAAAAUGUGUUCUCGCAUGGCAGCAUCUAUCCUGAAAGGCGCCCUACCCAGAAGCGAGGAAGGGAAAAGGGCGGCUUCAGAACUUAUUGCCAGGGAUGAAGAGCAAUAUGAAGAAUUCGCAAUAAGGCUGGCGAGGAACUUCCAUUAUGAUACGAGUAUGGGAUAUGGUAUAGGGAGAGGAAGAUUGGGUGAUCUAAGGAGAUUACUUUAUGAAAAUAGAUAUGAUUGUGCACUUUUCGAUACGAGGAGAUGGGUGAGGGAUCUGGAAGAGGCGUAUGAGGUUGCUUGGGGAAGGUGGGUAGAUGGAGAGGGUGGGGAUAUAUUUAUUCGUUAA